CAAUAGGAGAGGAGUUCCAAAGUGCAGGCGCUGUCACAGUAAACAAUGCAGUGCAGAUAUUAUGUGGACCUGUAGUAGUGCUUGAAACUACUGAAGGGGAGGUUUUAUUUAUUGUGAUUUCACCGUGCUCUGUAUUAUCCGAAAAGGAAAAUAUUUAUUUAAGAAACAGGACUGCACAGCAGCAAUCCAGUCUCAUCAUGAUCAGUGGGACUUAUUCCCGAGCCCACGGUGCAUAAGAUGGGCUGCAAUCCUAUGCACCCCUUGCAUCCAACUUGUACCUAAAACUCUGCAUGAGCCUGCACCAGAGAAUUGUAGAGUUGGAAGGGACCCCUGAGGGUCAUUUAGCCAAACUCCUGGGGCAAUGCAGGAAUCUCCAGCAGGACCAUCCCUGACCGGUGGCCAUCCUUCUUCUGUUUUUCCCCUCAGCCAGGAAGAUACAACAACGGAGACUAGAGCUGCAGCCGCUAUGCCUUGUUUCCGGACUUCACCCUCCUCCUUGUGCCUCUUCCUCUUCCUCCUGGCUUCCAGCUCUGCCUCUGAAGAUGAUACUGUGGUGGUCACCAGUAGCGGUCCUAUUAGAGGCAAAAGACUCCCGGCCGGCCCUGGCUCUGUGACCGCCUACCUGGGCAUCCCCUAUGCUGAGCCCCCCAUAGGCAAACUGCGUUUCCAGAAGCCGGUUCCACAUCAGCCGUGGAGCCAGGUCUUGGAGGCCACCACCUUUGGCAACUCUUGCCUUCAGUUUAAUAACGAUUCCUUCCCUGAUCGACCCAUAUGGACUCCAAACACACCACUUUCAGAGGACUGCCUCUUCCUCAACAUCUGGGUGCCCCAUCCACGACCAGUCACACCAGUGCCCAUCCUCCUAUGGAUCUAUGGUGGGGGUUUUAGCAUGAACUCAGCCUCAGCAGAUGUCUUAAAUGGAGGCUUACUAGCUGCUACAGAGAAUGUCAUUGUGGCCUCCAUGAAUUACCGUGGAGGAAUGUUAGGUUUCCUGUACUUGCCGCCAGCUGCCCCAGGAAAUGUUGCAUUGUGGGACCAACAUCUGGCUCUGAAGUGGAUGAGUGAGAAUGCAGUUGUCUUUGGCGGGGAUCCAGCUCGGUUGACUCUCCUUGGCCUCGGUUCUGGAGCAGCCUCAGUUGGUUUUCACCUGCUUUCACCGGCAAGCCAACCCCUUGUUGCCCGUGGUGUGCUUCAUAGUGGAGCUCCCACUGCCCGCUGGAUUUGGAGGAAUCCUGAAAAGGCUGAAAGAGAAUCAGCGAUGUUGAGUCAGCUCAUGGGGUGUCCUAAGACUAACCACAGUGCGAUGGUCAGCUGCCUCCAGGGAAAGGAAAUUGAGAGCCAUGCACUUUCUGAACUCUGUGGUAUCAGAUCAAUAACAGCAGAUGGGGAAUUUCUCACUGAUGAGCCCAGAAAGCUCCUGGAGAGAGGCAUUCAAGGCAAACCCAUUCUCACUGGUGUCAUGGCUAAUGAAGACUCAUUCAUGGCAUACCUUAUGCUUCCUAGUGCUGAAGUAAAUGAUGGGAUCCUGACCUGGGAACAGCUUCUUGAGCGGGUGCUGGAAACUCUGAAAACAGAAGAGGUUGCCAGGGCUAUAGCCCUGAAGUAUGCUGAAUACUUUCAAGGGCCAGAGCGGUACCGUUUGGCCUUGAUUCAGUAUUUGGGAGAUUAUCCCCUUUUAUGCCCAAUGAUGGAGUUUGCUGCAAAGGCCAGGGAAGUUGGGAGCCCAGUUUAUGCUUUCUACUUCAGCCACCGCAGUUCUGGCUUUCCUUGGCCAGAGUGGAUAGGGACCCCCCACGGAGCAGAGAUCCCCUACUUGUUUGGAAACUGCAGCAUCAUGCGGAAAGACCCAUCGGAGGCGGAGGUGGAAUUGAGCCGGCGAGUGAUGCGAUACUGGGCGGAGUUUGCCAGAAGCGGGUAA